AUGGAGCAGGAGAUGUUCGCCUUCUUCGCCAACGGCAUCCGGGCCUUGAUCGUCGACGACGACGCGAGGUUCCUCAAAUCGGCUUCCAUGCUGCUGCCUCUCCUGAACUUCAAAGUUGCUACAUGCGGCAGCCCAAGCUCUGCCCUCAAGUUCCUCACCGGCGACAAAAUCAAAGACGUCGACGUCGUCCUCGUGGACGCAAAGAAGGUGGCUACAUGCGGCUUCGACUUCCGGGCCAUUGUCGAGCCCGAUCUGCGCGUCCCAGUCAUCUACUUCCUCUCGCCGAAUCACGAGGCCGCCGGCGACGAGGCGGACGAGCUGCUCCGGACGCUGCGGGCUGCGACCUACAUCCUCAAGAAGCCGCUCGACGCCGACGACGUGUGCGGCCUGUGGAGGGUCGUGGCGUGGCGCAAGUGCUACCUGCACUUCAAGGCGAGCAUGGGCGGCGGCAGCAGCAGCGCGGUCAACGGAGGGCAGGGCGGCGGCGGCGGCGGCCUGCUGCCACUCUUGGCCAGCUAUCAUGCUGAUGAAGGGGAGGAGGAGCGCGUGCACUUUAAGACGGUACGGGGCGUGAAAGACCGGAAGAGGAAGGGCAGGAGCAACCGCGUCAGCUCAUCCGGCAGCAGCAUCGCAGGAGGCCACCCUACCAAGAUACAGGAGCAGAUGGACGUGACAGGGAUGGAGACGGACCUGCAGGCUAGCCACCAACAGCCAGCUGCGCGGAAGAAAAACCGCUCGAAGAAAGCCAAGGAGAACGGUGGCAAUGGGAGCAUGUCCCUGCAGCAACCUCAAGCCAUGGAUGGUCAGCCCCAGCCGCAGGGGUCUCUGUUCGUGCAGUCCGUCCUCCAGACGCUCGACGUGCCGCCCUACAACCCCAAGAUCUUCGCCGACGGCGGCGGAUUGACCAGCAACACUGCCGUCUCAGCACCAGCACCGCCUCCGGUGUACCCAGCGCCGGCACCGCAUCAGGUGUACCAGCAGCAGCAAACAGCCGACAAGGUCUUCGGCAAUAUCGCACCGCCGGCGGAAGCAACAACCAUGGCCACCGCCGUUACAGGCGAGCAGCAGUUGUCUGGCGGCAACCAGCAGCAGCAGCAGGUCGUUGACAGUCCACCGCUGAUGUUCGGGCCAUUCCCGUACCAGGGUCCGCCGCCGCCCGUCGUGCAGCAGGGCAUGUUCACGCCGUGGCCGCGAGGCAGCGGGAUGCCGCGGAGCGAGAUCUGGAACUUCAAGAAUCCGCUUCAGCAUCCACCCGCUGGUGAUCUUGUCACGGGCAUGGCUAGUGGUGCGACCAUUGCAGCAGCAGCUGCUGCUGCAGACGCUGGAGAGUUCGACAACGCUGCCAGUUCACUCAUCCAGUCUCUGAACCUUGGUGCAGCACAAGACGAUGGCGGCGAGCUCGCAGCAACGAUGGCCAUGUACACGGCGGUCCCAGACGUUGGUUUUGCAGGAAACGAGGAGGCUGCAGCAAUGGCAGAACUGUACAACAAAAACAACUACAACAACUACAGCUACAACAACAACAGCGCUGGGUCACUCGUGGCGCCUCAGGUUAUUGGCAUGGAUGAUCCAACAAUGGCAGGAGCAUUCGGCGGUUACUCCUCCGCAUCGUUCGUGGCGCCUCAGGGUCUCGGCGCGGCGCCAAACGGGAACCAGCUUGCAGUGGGAGAUGACCUUGCGGCCAUGUUUACUUUCGAUCAGAAUGAGGAGGGCAUCAUGUUCCCUCUGGACGCUCUUCUUAGCCUGGACGUCCCCAUGUACGACGCCGGUCUUGACAGCCAGCUGCAGGGUGGCGCAACUGCCGCCGCCGUCGCCCCCGCCGAUGCUGCAGGGACCUCGCUUAACGGCGGGGUGCAAGGUGAUAUGGGCAACUGGGACAUGGGGGCUGCUGAUGGCCUUGGGGUCAUGGAUGACAACUUCCUGAACAUCUCUGGGGAUUUCCUGUUCCCGCAUGACAUGAACAACGGCCGCGAGUAG